GUUCGGGAAAGGUCCUAACACAAGACCUUGGAGAAUAUGAAGGGAAGAAAAUUCCCCUGCAAGAUCUUCGUGUGGACGUCAAAGGCUUGCCGAGAUGUCGUGUUGUUCGUGCUCUGUACCAGAUCUCAAUAUCCCAAUGAAUGUCCAGUGAGCAUCUCCAGUGAAAGGGCAUUACGUCUUCCCAAGUGGUUGAGGUUUUUUGUUUUCCUUUUGAGUUCCUUUUCUAGGCCUCAUUCUACCCAUUGGGGAAAUAGACUUGGCAGCAAAGCGGACAUCUUUUGUGAUGUAAAGUUUUGCUAUCUCCGCACACGAAUUACACCACGAUGUCAGGCUCGGAACCCUGUACGUCCAGAAUCCAUGCUCGUACGCUCUAUCUCCUUCUCGCACACUCUCGCUUUUCUCUUCGCUACGGACACAAUUGCAGCCUCAGACGCACACUUACAGUGCCCGUCGGUAGACAAACAACAUGUACGCACGCGUGUUCCUCCUCUUCCGUCCGUUCGAUACGGCUGAAUACCGUUCGCUGAGCUUCUACUCCAUUUCUUCUUCCUCUUCCUCUGGCACGAGGUAGAAUCUUUCCCGAGGAGGUCCUCUCUGAAGAGUGGGGGGAGGUUUUUCACGCUGACAGCACCUCGGAACGCAGCAUUUUCUCGCUCGUCGUUCUGGUGGCGUCAUCGCGGGAGGGAGCUUCCGUCGGCGAAACUCCUGCAAAAAACUGCAAUCCCACGAAAACAGGCGGAAACGCUUCGAUGUCUCGGUAGUUUAGAUAAUGCUUAAGCUACCCAAAGGACUGAAGAAGAAAAAGAAAGGCAAAAAGUCGAAGAAAGACCAGGAACUCUUUACCGAGGAGGAGCUCGAGCAGUACCGGCGGGAGCACCAGAACCAGUCGGCGCUCAACUCGGCGGCACCAUCGGACAGUGAGGACCAGCCGAGCGGCGGCAGCGGCGGCGGCGGCGGUGGUAUCGGCGGUGGCGGCGGCACCAGCAGUGGCAGCGGCGUAGCGCCGACCGACAAGCCCGACACCGACGAGGAAUGGUCCAAGUUUGCGGCGCUCACCAGUGGCAUUGACUCGGUGCUCAAGAAGACGCAGGGCGACCUCGACCGGAUCAAGAGCACCUCCUUCUUCCAGAAGGUCCCGACCCGGGUCGAGCAGGAGGCGAAGGAGCGCGAGGAGCGCGAGCGGCGCGAGCAGCAGGAGCGCGAGCGGGCGGCCGAGGAGGCGCGGGCCCGCGAGGAGCAGCGGGCGGCCGAGGAGCUCAUCAACGCGGUCGUCGAGCUCUCGGAGUCGGAGCCGAACUCGGAGGCGGAGGCGGAGCAGGACAUCUUCGACACCGGGUACAUCGAUGCGAUCGCGAGCGGCGAGCUGCCGAUUGCGUACGUACCGGAGUCGCCCGAGCUAGAGUCGUACGAGGGUGAGGCGGACCCGUUCGACACCUCGUACGCGGAGCGCGUGAUCAAGGGGCCGGAGGUAUCCAAGCGCGGCAAGAAGCUCGUCAGCAUCGGCUCGGCCGUUGAGGUGCUGACUGGGCGCGUGGAGAGCGUAGCCGGUGGUUCCACCAAGGGCAAUCGACCGCGGCGUGGCAUACAGAAUUUGCUGCUCGCGAGCUUCGACGAGAGUGAGCAGCAGCAGCAGCAGCAGCAGGGCCGGAGCGAAGGAGAGCCGACCGUUGGUGGAGAGGGCAGGCAGACCGAGCAGCAUUCGGGUGCAGCCGAGCCGCAGUGUUUUAGCUUGCUGGAUGACUUUACCGAUCUGCCAGCGGACGUACCGAUCGAUUUGAGCGUUUCGCUACACCUGACACUACAGAAGCAGCAGCAGGAAGAGGUAGUAGCAUCGGCACCGGAGGGCAACGGAGCAGCUCCGGAGCUCGAUCUAGACGAGUUUGACGAGCUCAAGAAGCGCUCACCAGUCCUAGCGGGAGGUGACGACUUUGAGCUACUAAUUGGAGACGCUGGUUCAAAGGCAGCAGCGAGCGCCGACCUACCGGUCGUCGAUCUAGACGAGUUCGAGCCGGCCGCAGUAGACGACCCGUUCGAUACCGGGUUCGUGGAGCGCAUCCUACCGGCGACCGCCGUCGAGGACGACGAGUUUGACCCGCGGGCGGAAGAGCCACCGCUCCCCGAGGACGACUUUGACUUUGAUCCGCGAGCGGCCGAGCGUGAGUGCAAGCGUCCCAGCACUCCGGACCUCUUCUCGGUCGAUCAGCCGCACGGUUCGCUGCCGGUACGGCCCGACCCGCCGGCCAAGGACCUACUGUCCGGCAGCAGCACCGACCUAGCCGGUAUCGCCCACGCGCCCCUUGAGUGUACGGCUGGGGGUAGUGGAACAGCUCCACCCGCGACCGUCGAUCCGUUCGACACCUCGGACGUCGAGUUUAUCGUAGCGCCGGGCCGCACCGAGCUCAAGUUCCUCGAGCAGGAGCUCCUGACCGACGGGCGGCCGGCCGGGCUGAGCCACUCGCUCAGCGAUCCGGACUUUGAUCCGCGCGCGGACAGUGCGGAGCAGCAGCACACCGCCGAGGAGGAGCAUCGGACGGAGGAGGACUUCCAGUCGCUCGCGCAGCGCAAGUCCUCCCUCAGCCUGCACAUCGCGAACGGAGCUGCCCUCACCGGUGGUGCGAAUCGCAGCAAGUCGGUCGUGUUUGCCGUGCCGACGCCCGACCUGCUCAAGCUCGACGGGGAGCAGUCGCUCGCGAAGAAGCCACUCACGCCGUACUACAACCGAGAGCCGUCGCUGCCGGACGCGGACGUCGACCCGUUCGACACCUCGUUCGUGCCGUCGGUCGCUCCCACCCAGCUCGAGCUCAGCCUGCUCGAGCGGGAGCUGAACGGAGCGUCGCUCAACCGGAGCUUGUCCGAUCCGGAGUUUGAUCCGCGGGCCAGUCCACCAGCCGCUGCGGCAGCCGCUACGUCCGGAGCUGAUCUGCUCGGCGUGAGCGAGGGCGAACUACAUCUGCAGAAGGUGCUGACGCCUGCGCGCGGCAGUGCGGCAGCGGUCGAGGCGGACCCGUUCGACACGUCCAUUGCGGUGAACCUGCAGCCGGGCCGGGCGGAGCUGAAGCUGCUCGAGGACGAGCUGAUCCCGCCCGUCGCUGCGGAGUGCGCCGGUGCCGUGCCCGACAUCCUCUCGGACGGGGCGCCCGAGGCGAGCUCGGUCUUCGUGAAGGUGCUGACGCCGCAGGCGAGCAGCGGUUCGCUCGAUCUCGCCGGUGGUCCGGAGCAGAAGGAGAUCGACCCGUUCGAUACGUCGUUCGUGCCGAGCCUGGGACCGGGCCGGGCGGAAAUUAAGCUGCUCGAGAGCGAGCUGAUCGACCAGCACUAA